GAGCGUCGGGCGCCUUGGAAACGAGCGGAAGCCGGGAAGGAGCGGCGGGAGGAGGAUGCUGAGCCCCGAGCGGCUCUCGCUGCCCGGCCCCGAGUACCUGGCUCAGCGCCAUGUCCUCACAUACAUGGAGGAUGCAGUGAGCCAGCUGCUGGAGAACAGAGAAGAUAUUAGUCAGUAUGGCAUUGCCAGGUUCUUCACUGAAUAUUUUAACAGCGUGCGGCAAGGAACACACAUCUUGUUCCGUGAGUUCAGCUUUGUCCAAGCCACCCCUCAUAACAGGGCGUCUUUUCUUCGGACCUUCUGGAGGUGUUUCCGAACUGUGGGGAAAAAUGGAGCUGAGGGGGAAGAGUGACAGAACAGCUUUGGUGGGCACCUCGUUAGGGUCAAACCACCACAAGGAGGUCAGUAAGUUAUGGAGUCCUGAUUUGCUGACAACACAGGAAUACCACUGCCUGCUGCAGUUGCUCUGCCCUGACUUCCCAAUGGAACUCACUCAGAAAGCAGCAAGGAUUGUGCUGAUGGAUGAUGCAGUGGAUUGCCUGAUGUCUUUUUCUGAUUUCCUCUUUGCUUUCCAGAUCCAGUUCUACUACUCAGAGUUCCUGGAAAGUGUGGCUGCCAUUUAUCAAGAUCUGCUGGCUGGUAAGAGUCCAAAUACUGUGAUUGUGCCAACAUCAUCCUCUGGGCAACAUCGGCAGCGCCAGCCCCCAAAUGACUGCAACCCACUUGAAGGAGUAGAGGCAUCUGUCUUCUACCAGUGCCUGGAGUCCUUGUGUGACAGAUCAAAAUACAGUUGCCCACCUUCUGCUCUUGUGAAGGAAAUGCUGAGUAGUGUGCAGAGAAUGACCUUCUAUGGAUUCCUUAUGGCUCUUGCAAAGGAUCAGGGCAUCAAUCGAGCCCUAGGAGCUCUGCCAGAUAAAGGAGACUUGCUUCUGGACCCUGUCAUGGAUCAGGAAAUUGAGAAAUUGGUAGCUCAGGUAUCAGGGCUUUCUGUCUCUGGUCCUGCCAGCUCCAGUGCAGACACAGCAAAUAUGCUUGUGCGUAACUCACCCAGGAUUAACUCACCUUGGAAACCUCUACACCAUCGCCGAAAAAUGGAUGCUGAGAGUGAAGGCUCCAAUGAAGAGACAGACUCCUCUGAAAACUGAAGGUUGUGAGGGUGGGGACCAUUCCCAUCUUGGGUUCUCCAGAACCCACUGGAGGAACAGCACCUCCUCCCAGAGCAUCUGCUCUAACAGUGGGUUCUGCCUACAUCAGCAGUGUGUGUGUGGCUGCGCGAAUCCCCAGUGCUGGGUUCACCCAUCUUUUCCCAAGAACAACUUGCCUUUUUCUUAGCUCCAAAUCCGUGCAGGAAUAGCGCCUCUGCAGAAGCCAUUUACAGCUACAGAGUUAUGCUUCCCUCUGCUGGCAGGCAAGACAAGCCAGCAGCUGCCAGGUCUGCCACCACUUGGAACCAGCCGGGUAUGCUCCCUCCCAGUUCCACAGUUCAGCAGGUGUUGAAGCAGUGAGAGCACUAGUACAGGCCGCUUGCCAGUGAUUUGUUGUGUAGCUCUGCUCAGAUUUGGCCCAGAUAACAGAGUGGUUAAAUUGCCAGCAGCGGCUCUGCACUUCUGUUCCAUUAUUAUUCCCAGUAAAGCUGCAUCUGCAUAUGAUCAAGGUAAGGAGAUUCCUGAAGUUCGUAAAAAAGGGAAGCUUAGAUAUUGCCAUGCAACCUGUCUCUGCUUUGUGGUUUCUCCUCCAUGUGUCCAAGACUUGCCAAAGCAAAUACAGCAAAUAAGCUAGAUUGCAGUAAGUACUGCAUGGUGCUGUCUGGCUCCGCUGCUGUACUAAGUGCCCUUCUGUGAGGUCUCCCUGUCCCUCCAACAGCAUAUUAUGGUCAUUUGGAAAAGUGAAUUUCAGAGGAUUUAGAAAAGAGGGAUAGGGUUGUUAAAUUCCUUGGCCACAGGUAGUAUGGCUUGCAAGCAUAUAGAGCACCGACUGAGGCUAGGUGGGCAGAAGCACUAAGGGAAAAGGAAGCAGUCAUCAAAUGAGAUCAAGUUGGGGUCUUUUGUAAAUAUUGGUAUUGUUGGAGCAGCAGUGUAGCCCUUAAAACUACAAAAAUAAGUACCAUCACAUUGCAUUAAUGGUAACCAACUCAGCAGUUUAAACUUCCACAGACCCGAAUGCUUUGUCUAGCCCAGCUCCUGCACCCCAGCUUGCAUAGACUAGUUAUUUUGGGGGGGAACUUCAAUUUCUCAUGCUUCUUUGGGAGCCUCCUUGCUCCUCCUGGUCAUAAAGUGCUACAGCACAGGCCACCAGGAGCUGGUACCCAAAGCUUGUAGCAGGGUGCCAGGAGGGUUGUUUAUUUAUUGUAAGUUAAAUAAUUUAUUCUCUGUGCAUUCUCUCCCAGCUUGGUGAGUGGCUGUGACAGCCUGGCAAUAAAGCACGCUAUAUCAGG